CGCGAGAGUUCCCGGGAAGCGCAUAUCAGUUAGCAUAUCAGUUAGCAUGUCGGUGGCUGCUGACAGACAUUAACGUCCAUUUAAAGGUUUAUAUUUUAUGUUUCUGGACUGUACAGCCCUGAAGCUGACGUGAUGAGGAUGAGGAGGAGGAUGCCGGUCUUCAGGCCCUGGUUCCCGUCCUCCGCAGACCGCCACCGGCCCAUCAGACCCGCCAGACCGGCUCCCGUCAUCAUCAAACCGCACACUGACACAGACCUGAACACGCUACAGAGACCUGAACCUCGUGAGACCACCACAACUCCACAGAAACGCAAACGUGAUGUCUCAGAAACCGCGGCCCCUCCCCCCCCGCUGUCGCUCUGUAACGAACCGGAGAUCAGCCGGUCGCCUCCUGACAGACUCAGAGAUGGCGUCCCCGUCACAGACUCCCCGAUCAAACGGUCCUGGAGCGUCUUCACACAGAAAGGAGUUCUGCUGCAGAGCGCCCAGUCGCUGUCCACGCAGCUCCAUCACGUGGUGUCUGACCACAAGCUCCACCUCCGCCAGAGGGUCAAAUGGGUCAUCAGUCAGCACAACUGUGACAGCAGAGACAUGGAGCAGGUGUGGCAGACUCUGAGCCGGUCCAUCCGGUGCUCCAGGUUGCCGACGUGCAACGCCAACAUCCAGCGGGAGCGGGCGGAGAUCUGGGUGUUCUGUGACGUCGUGCACUGCGAGCAGGCGGGCCGCUUCCUGAAGGACGAGCUGCGACUGUCGGGGAGGAUCGGCCUGUCUGCUCACAGGCUGGGACACAUCUUCAGCAUGUAGACGUCUGUACAGAUGUGUUUACAGCUCCAGAUGUUAGGGUCACACUAAGAUGUGUCCGUAAAGAGACGAACAAACAGAUUUACACUUUAUCUUCAUUGUGUAAGAGCUUUUUCACAGCAGCUGCAUUUUCACCUGAAAUAGUAAACACAGGUGUCACCGAUGACAGCGAUUAAGGUUCGGUUCCAUUUAGUGUAGUGGAGACGACACACACAAUAGCAGCGCUCUCAGGGGCCGAUCGCACAGGUGUGGCCCCUGAGAGCGAGGCAGCGUCCGAAACCAGGUGAUCAAAUAUGAUUAACAGAAAAAAAAUGCACUGAAGCUGAUGGAACAUUUCUUAGUAUCACUGUGUUUACCUGUUUCAUGUCACAAUAGCUGCUGUGAAAAAGGUCUCUACUUGAUAUUUGACCCCAGUUCGACCCGAUUCCCAUCAAAUCUACUGUGUUCUGACUGCUGGGCUGUAUGCUGGUACCAUGAGGAAUACCAGGAUGUGUACGAUGUUUACAUGUGCAACAUCAGGAUACCGGAGCUCAUGUAAACACAGUUAUCAGUGUGUGAAAGAACUGUGUGUUUUUAAUGGUUAGAGAGCCUCAGGGGGAGACGGGGAGAGGGGGAUGGGCACACAAACAUAUGGAACAGUAAUGUGUGUCUGAUAGAGUCUAAUUUACAACCCUUAAUAAGGCUUCUUCUUCUUCUACCUCCUGUAAAAUGCAACACUCUAUGAAAUAUGCAGAAACAAUCCUCAAGUGCAGAACUUCAUGAAUAUUUAAUAUAAAUCUACUUCAUUAAACUACUGAACUGAGGGGGGGUUGAACCCUGGAGCAGCCACUCUAUAUUGUAUAUUUAUGAAUUUAAGACAUUGUAUUUUUCAUACUGAUUGUGUCGGCGCUCUCUGGUGUAAAUAAAGGUUUGAUAUUUUGUUUAAA